AUGACAUUGCGCCUCACGUCUGCUCCGGUAUCAGGCGUCAAGAAACGAAAGUCCGCUGCACCGAAACCCCGAGCCUCGCCCUUUGCCGGCCAUGCGCGCCGCAAACCCACCUCGAGUGCCACCAGCUUGAAGUCCGUGGAUUUUGGGCAGGACGAUCCGCUGCCAGAUGUAGGUGGGUCGCACUACAUAUCGGAGACAUCACCGGUGCAGAACGUACUUCAGGCCAUUCAAUACAUCCGCGAUGGCAUGUUCGAAGAGCUCCCGGCACGAGCGGGAAUGAACAGUACGCGAAUUGCGGAACUCCUCAAUCUUCGUCGGUCGUUACCCCCGCUGGCUUCGGUCGCCCAUGUCCAUACCUUGUUGGAGGCUCCCACGCAGGUGGAAAGGGAGAUCGUCGAGUUGGUCAAAACUGGUCAGAUUCGGCGACUCAUCAUCCCGGGUCGCGGUAACGAUGCAGCGGGGCUCGGCGAUUGCUUGGUGCUGGCAGAGGACUGGGAAAAACUAGUGCAGGAAAGCCCUGCUCUGGAGGAACCAGUGAAACAGAAAUUCCUCGACAUCCUCAAGCGGAUGGGGACCUCCUCGGCGAUAUCGCAGGGGGUCUUUACCACCGAUGAGUACAGAGCUUUGCUGCGUGCUGGAUUCAUAGUUUCUUCGUCGUCUUUCACGCAAGGCUCCCUCAGCGUCGCCUCGCUCCCCAAUUUACCUACAAUGGCAGCUUCAUCAGCAAGUCGGGGUGGAUCGAAUCGCUCGCCCUCCAACCCUGAGCGUAGUGUACAAUCAGAUGCUCAGGCUCGUGCUGCGACUCUCUUCUUGUCUCUUCCAAACACGGGGUCUUAUCUUCGCUUGCUGGGAUCAGGUCGCGCUCAUCUUCUGGCGCUGCUCAAGCGAUCCGCCUCUGGCGAAGCGCCUGUGGGAUUACUAAAAGACCGGUGGGAUGGGGCCGUUGAAACCGAGAAAAGCUUUCAUUUAGCCAAGCGAGCUCGCGGGGAGUUUGCAGGAGUGCUCCCUGGAAAAACCAAAAAGUGGAAAGACUUGAAUGGAAUGCAUUUCCGGUGGGUGCUUGAAGAAGCCUUGGGAGCGGGGCUUGUUGAGAUGUUUGAGACUGGCAGCGUGGGACCUGGAAUCCGCUGUCUAUAG